AUGGCGGAGUAUGGACUGUACGGAGCCAUGGUUAGACACUCACUCCCCCUACCGGAGAGUAUUCUGAAAAGUGCCAAGGAUGGUAUCAUGGAAUCGUGUGCUCCUUGGCUACUGAGUAUGCACAAGAAAUCUCUGGAGGCGGCCGAAAAACUGAAAGAGGUAGAGGAAGCGAGCGAUGAUAAUAAAACCGAUGGAAAUAACCCGAGCAGCCAACCGACCAAAGACAAAGAAGAGUUAAGAUCGGAAAGUAUCGCCGUACUACGGGCAAAGGCACAGGAACACAGUGCUAGGCUCAAGAGAGAUAUCCAGGACAAAGACCGGGUCAACAGCAACGGCACGGGCGGCCCCAGCAGUGGCAGUGGUGCAGGUGGUGGUAGCGGUGGUCUUCUCAGUAGUAGCAGCUCAGGAAACGCAGGUGGAAGCAGUAGCAGCAGCAGCAGCAGCGCCGAAAGUGGAGAAUGUUACACGGACAGCCGGCAGCCAUCCGGUUCCGGGUCGACUUCCGGUUCCGGUUCCGGUCCCAGUUCAAGACCUCCAACCGAUGCUGACGAGGGAAAUGACAGCGAUGUGUACGAGAGUCGGGGCACCAUCCCCAUCACCACCACCACCACCAUCAUCACUCCCACUCGCACCACCCGCAUGUGUCCCCGGAGCCGCCCCUGCGUAGCCGCCCGCUUCAGCCGCAGCCACAUCAUCAGACGCAACACAGUUUCAUUGAUUUGGAAAACGACGAACCGGUCAGUAAAUGACCAUCAAUAUGGCGGCCCUUGUCCAGUCCGUUCGCUGGGCGAGACCCGACGCCACCACUCGAUCACUUUGCUACCGAUGUCGACAAUAUGUCGCUUCAGAACACAGACCCAUCAGCAGCCCUGA